AUGUGUGAGCGCAGUCUCUACAGAGCGGGCUAUGUGGGCUCGCUUCUAAAUCUGCAGUCGCCCGACUCUUUCUACUUCUCCAACCUACGGCCGAAUGGCGGCCAGUUGGCUGCGCUCCCCCCCAUCUCAUACCCACGCGGCGCGCUGCCCUGGGCCGCCACGCCCGCCUCGUGCGCCCCCGCACAGUCUGCGGGCGCCACUGCCUUCGGUGGCUUCUCACAGCCUUACCUGGCCGGCUCCGGGCCUCUCGGCCUGCAGCCCCCGGCAACCAAGGACGGACCUGAGGAGCAGGCCAAGUUCUUUACUCCCGAAGCGGCCUCCGGGCCCGAGGAGCGCAGCCGUACCCGGCCACCUUUCGCCCCCGAGUCUAGCCUGGGCCCUGCAGUGGCUGCUCUCAAAGCGGCCAAGUACGACUACGCGGGUGUGGGCCGUGCCGCGCCGGGCUCCGCGACCCUGCUCCAGGGGGCCCCCUGCGCCGCCAGCUUCAAGGACGACACCAAGGGCCCGCUCAACUUGAACAUGACAGUGCAGGCAGCGGGCGUUGCCUCUUGCCUGCGACCUUCACUGCCCGACGGCCUGCCGUGGGGGGCGGCCCCGGGGAGGGCCCGCAAGAAGCGGAAACCCUACACGAAGCAGCAGAUUGCGGAGUUGGAGAACGAAUUCCUGGUCAACGAAUUCAUCAACCGGCAGAAGCGCAAGGAAUUGUCCAACAGGCUGAACCUCAGCGAUCAGCAGGUUAAAAUAUGGUUCCAGAACCGGCGCAUGAAGAAGAAGCGUGUGGUGCUUCGGGAGCAGGCGCUGGCGCUCUAUUAG